CCCUAUUGAUCGUUUGUAGGCGCCGGUAUACCGUUCAGGUUAGGUGUGCUGGUUGGUUGUCUUUGUGAAAGGUCCUGAAAAUAUUUAUAUCAAUCUCUUCAUAAAAGACGUUCACCAUUAGUCACUAUUACGGCUCGAUACAUCUGCGCUAUUAUCACUUUCUGAGCUGUGGCGCUGUGUUGCGCCACUCCAAACGUGUAUGGGAGGCUUUACAAACGGAAGUAUUUGUAGAAAAUCCUUAAUGGUUGAAAGACAAAAUAAGCCCAAUACUCUCAAACUGAACUGCGUAGCGAGGGAAGCAAGCAGAUACUCCGCUAGAGACCCAAGAUUAAGAAGUUAAGAUAAUAAAGGUUAACGCACUGCCAGUAUUCUCCAAGGUAUUAUAUCUAGUACAAACUAUGGAUCUCAAUUCAGAACGUACUGUUAGAAAUAGGACACCAAGGAAUAAAGACCGCGUUAAGGAUUUAGCUGUCAGAGAAUCACUUCUUUCUGAUCAAUCGACGUCAGGAAUCUGUAAAGAUGAAGGGGAAGAACCAACUAUCAAUUCGUGUACUUCAACUUUCUCAAGUCCUGAUCUUGAGUUGAGUAACUUAGAACAUCUAGUAACUGUAACGAUAAGUAAUGGCGAAGUUCCAAAUAAUGUAUUAGAUAAAGAUAUAUUGCUUGAUACUAAGGAAGUAAAAGCUAAUAAUGUCAAAAUUACAUUGAAUCCGGCAGACGAUUUACAUGUUGAGAAAUCUGAUCCAAAUAAAAAGGUUGCCAUACCAGAUGGAGGAUGGGGCUGGGUGGUCGUGCUGGCUUCUUUUAUAAUAUCAAUGAUUGCUGAUGGAAUCAGUUUCUCGUUUGGUCUACUCUACAUUGAAUUUCUGGAAGAAUUUGGAGCAAGUAAAUCUACAACUGCAUGGAUCGGUAGUCUUUUUAUUGCAGUGCCUUUAUUAUCUGGACCUGUUAUGAGUGCUCUGGUUGAUAGAUAUGGGUGCCGCAGCAUGACUAUAUUAGGAGGCAUAAUAUCAACACUUGGCUUUGUUCUGGCAUCGAUUUCGACAACUUUAGAAAUGAUGAUGAUUACUUUCGGCGUGAUUGCUGGCUUAGGUCUUGGAUUGGUCUACGUCACUGCUGUUGUGUCUAUAGCCUACUGGUUCGAAAAGAAGAGAAAUUUAGCCGUUGGUUUAGGAGCAUGUGGUACUGGAGUUGGUACUUUUGUCUAUGCGCCUAUGACUCAGUACUUCAUUGAAGAGUACGGUUGGAGAGGCACAAUACUUUUAUUAUCUGGAACACUUUUGAAUCUAUGUGUUUGCGGAUGUGUGAUGCGAGAUCCAGAAUGGUGGAUACUCGAGCAGAAAAAGCAGAAAAGUAGCAGAGAUGAAGGCAAAACCAAAAGAGAUAGUGUUUCAAGGAAUUCCAGCUCAUUAUCCAUACGCAAUCCUUACGCCUUUGAUUUCGAUGCACCUACACGUGGUAUGAGUAUGGGUGGUUUGAUCAGAAGGGGAGUAUCACCUGAGAAGGUCAUAAAGCAGGAAGCUGCAAGUAUCAGGCGACAUCAGAAUAUGCUACAAAUGAAGAAAAAACUAAAUAAACUCGAAAAACGAUCUCGAUCAGUAGUGAAUCUGCCUACGUAUCUUACAUAUAGUGAUAAGGUAUCAAUGACGUUGUUAGAUAAACUCGUUAAGAAUACCAGCAAGGAAUAUGAUAUUGAAAUAAAGUAUCCGUCAUUUGCCAUCAGCCGGAAACAUCAUAAAAAAGUAGAUGAAACGCCCGAAGGAGAAAUCGAUAUACCUAUAGUAACUUACGAGAAACCAUUGAUUCAAAGGACAAAUUCAGAGAAAUAUGAAUACAAGAAGGAAAAGGAUUAUGAAGAUUAUCAACUCAAGAAUCCAAGGCAAGGAAAAGUAUUCAAAAAAUCGAAAUCUGAUGAAGAUAGGAAUGACGCUAAAUUUUUGAUAAAACAGGACAGUAAAGAGAAUAAAAGAGAUUGGCUGAAAAAGCAGUUAUCUGUAAACCAUCAUUAUUUGAAAGAUUUGAAGAUGCCUAUAAAUUCGAUAAGCCACAGAAAUGCAAUUCUGAAUAUAAAGAGGUACAGAUUGAAAGCUUCAUCGUGUCCGGAUAUAUUUAAAAAUUCCAUGAUCACUAUUGAUGAGAAAGAAGAGAAAUGGUACGACGACUGUGUCAGCUGCCUCGCGGACAUGUUCAAUGUGGCGCUCUUUAAGAAGAUGACCUUCAACCUUCUCUGCCUUGGCACCAUCAUUCUAUUCAUAUGGUUCAUCGUUCCGUACUUCUAUUUGGCUGAGCACAUGAUACACAAAGGGUACAACGAAGACGAUGGCGCUGUCAUGUUGAGUCUUAUUGGAGUUACUAACACUAUUGGUAUGGUGGGACUCGGCUGGAUCGGCGAUUUUCCCCAAGUCUCCAUAGGGAACCUUUACGCCUUUUGCCUUAUCCUGUGUGGCGCUACGGUGGCAGCCCUGCCACCGGCGGCCGCUAAUUACUGGAUUCUCGCCUCUGUGUCCUCAGCUUUCGGUCUACUUUUCGCUGCAUCGUUCACGUUCACUCCAAGUCUACUGGUUAAAUUGGUGUCGUUGGAUGAUUUCACGGCUGCGUACGGGCUGGUGUUGCUCGCGCAGGGUAUUGGGCAUCUUAUUGGACCGCCUUUGUCAGGUCUAAUCUACGACCUGACAUUCUCCUGGGAGCUCUCGUUCUACCUGGCCGGGGGCUGGAUCAUGGUCUCAGGACUCCUCAUCUCCCUGAUACAGCCUGUCAAGAUGUAUCAGAUGAGAAGAGAGGCCGUGGAUGACCGUAGCUUAUCCAGUGCUUAAACUGUUAACAUCAGGGUAUAUCAAAAUUGACUCAAAUCUUAUAGAAGUUUUAAUUAUAGGUAUCUUUAUGUAAGUUUUUUUUUUCAAUCUUCUAAAGACCCUUUUAAUAUAUUAAUAUCUCAUAUAGUUACAAUUCAUUUGUUACAA